AUGUUAAAGACGAUUGAAGGGAACUACACAUUUGCACCAAUACAACAGAAAGAGUACAUUAUGAGAGAGCAGUUACGCCAGAUACAAAGAACCCUAGAUAUAGCCAAGUCAGAUGAUCUAUUAUUUCGAACUGUAGCAUUAAUUGUAUUCUAUAGUCUGGCAUGUUUGGGUGAACUCCUUCUAUGCUCGCAGUUAAGUAAGACAAAAAUUUCUAUAGUGCAAGCAUUGCAAUUUGACCACGUAGGCGAUGCGACAUUCGCAACUAUCCAAUUAUCAAGAACUAAGAACCACAAAACAAUUGAACCCAAAUAUAUCCGAACUCAUCCAGCCACAGUUGGCGGUGGUUCUGACAAAA